UUAGCGCCGGAGCCGGGAGCCCGCGGCCGCCGCCAUGUCCCAUCAGACAGGCAUCCAAGCAAGUGAAGAUGCUAAAGAGAUCUUUGCCAGAGCAAGAAAUGGAAAAUACAGACUUCUAAAAAUAUCUAUUGAAAAUGAGAAACUCGUGAUUGGAUCAUGUAGUCAGCCCUCAGACUCCUGGGAUAAGGAUUAUGAUUCCUUUGUUUUACCCCUACUGGAGGACAAACAGCCGUGCUAUAUAUUAUUCAGGUUAGAUUCUCAGAAUGCCCAGGGAUAUGAAUGGAUAUGCAUUGCCUGGUCUCCAGAUCAUUCUCAUGUUCGUCAGAAAAUGUUGUAUGCAGCAACAAGAGCAACUCUGAAAAAGGAGUUUGGAGGUGGCCACAUUAAAGAUGAAGUAUUUGGAACAGUAAAGGAAGAUGUAUCAUUAAAUGGUUAUAAAAAGUACUUGGUGUCACAGUCUUCUCCUGCCCCCUUGACUGCAGCUGAGGAAGAAUUACGGCAGAUUAAAAUUAAUGAGGUACAGACUGACAUGGGUGUGGACACUAAGCAUCAGACACUACAAGGAGUAGCAUUUCCUAUUUCUCGAGAAGCUUUUCAGGCUUUGGAAAAAUUAAGUAACAGACAGCUCAACUACGUGCAAUUGGAAAUAGAUAUAAAAAAUGAGAUUAUAAUUUUGGCCAACACAACAAAUACAGAACUAAAAGAUUUGCCAAAGAGGAUUCCCAAGGAUUCAGCACGUUACCAUUUCUUCCUGUAUAAACAUUCCCAUGAAGGCAACUAUUUGGAGUCCAUAGUUUUUAUUUAUUCGAUGCCUGGAUACACAUGCAGUAUAAGAGAACGGAUGCUGUAUUCUAGCUGCAAGAGCCCUCUGCUAGAAAUUGUAGAAAGACAACUACAAAUGGAUGUCAUUAGAAAGAUCGAAAUAGACAAUGGGGAUGAGUUGACAGCAGACUUCCUUUAUGAAGAAGUGCACCCAAAGCAGCAUGCACAUAAGCAGAGUUUUGCUAAACCGAAAGGUCCCGCAGGAAAAAGAGGAAUUCAAAGACUUAUUAGGGGUCCCGCUGAAAGUGAAGCCACUGCUGAUUAAAAUCAUUAUAUUAAGCAUUACAACACUAGUUUUUUAAAAGUUCAGCUUUUAGUACGGGAGAAGUGAAAUCAUUCCAUGUUGAUACAUAGUAGGGAAAAAAUUGUACUUUUUGAAAAAUAGCACUUUUCACUUCUGUGUGUUUUUAAAAUUAAGGUUAUAGAAGACUCAUGAUUUCUAUUUUUGAGUUAAUGCUAGAAAAGGGUUCGACAUAGUGAUGUUUAAUUUUGUCACAAUGUUUUCACAGAGUAAUAAUGAUUCCAUACUUUACACAUUUCUUAAAAUUUUAUACAGUUGGGCCAAUUCCAGAAAGUCUAACAAC